AUGCAGGGGAACAGUGCCACAGGCCCAGGUUCUUUUCAAGUCCAGGUGGAAUGGCUAAAGAAUGAGGAACCCAUAGAUUCCAACACGGAUGAGAACAUUGACACCAGAGCAGACCACAACCUCAUCAUUCGACAGGCGCGUCUGUCUGACUCUGGGAACUACACCUGCAUGGCUGCCAACAUUGUUGCCAGGAGGAGGAGCAUGUCUGCGACAGUUGUGGUGUAUGUUAACGGAGGCUGGUCAUCAUGGACUGAGUGGUCGAACUGCAACGCACGGUGUGGUCGGGGCUGGCAGAAGCGAUCACGGACCUGUACCAACCCUGCGCCACUCAACGGAGGUGCAUUUUGUGAAGGAAUGUCAGUGCAGAAGAUUACCUGCACUUCUCUUUGCCCUGUGGAUGGAAACUGGGAGGUGUGGAGCGAGUGGUCUGUCUGCAGUCCAGAAUGUGAGCAUUUGAGAGUUCGGGAGUGUGUUGCGCCACCUCCAAGAAACGGAGGAAAGUACUGUGAGGGCUUGAGUCAAGAGUCGGAGAACUGCACUGAAGGGCUUUGCAUUCAAGAUAAAAAACCUCUUCAUGAAAUAAAAUCCCAAAAUAUCGAGACUGCCAGUGACAUUGCCUUGUACUCUGGCCUGGGAGCAGCAGUCAUUGCUGUAGCUGUGCUGGUGGUUGGCGUUACCCUUUACAGACGGAGUCAGAGUGAGUACGGCGUGGAUGUGAUUGAUUCAUCUGCGCUGACAGGAGGCUUCCAGACAUUUAAUUUUAAAACAGUCAGACAAGGUAACUCCCUGCUGUUGAACUCCUCCAUGCAGCCUGACUUGACAGUGAGCAGAACGUACAGUGGGCCAAUCUGCCUGCAGGAUCCCCUGGACAAGGAGCUAAUGACAGAGUCUUCACUGUUCAACCCACUGUCGGACAUCAAAGUCAAAGUUCAGAGUUCAUUCAUGGUGUCCCUAGGGGUGACAGAGAGGGCCGAGUAUCACGGAAAGGCACAUUCUGGAACUUUUCCUCAUGGGAAUAAUAGAGCUUUCGGUACAAUACAGGCUAGAAACAAGGCUACGUAUAUUCAGAACCUGUCUUCAAUUUCAACACGAAGUGAGCUGAAGACAACUGCUGUUUUUGGACACCUGGGUGGCCGUUUAGUGGUUCCAAACACAGGAGUCUGUCUGUUGAUACCACAUGGAGCUAUUCCUGAAGAGAGUUCGUGGGAAAUCUAUCUUGCAAUCACUCAACAGGAGUCCAG